GUGGCUCUCAGGCUCGUGCCCGCCACCCCUCCCCCUCAGCUAGAAACUACAACCCUUGGCGGCUCGCUCCCGUCAACUAAUUCAUUGUAUCAGAUUUGGACGAGAGGAAGCUGCGAGCGAGCCGGCUGGUCGGAAAAGCAACUUUGCUCCGAGAAAACACUGAAAAAUCCAACUGCAAGGCACAUAAACUGAAGGGAUGGCGGCCAUCCGUAAGAAGCUGGUAAUAGUGGGGGAUGGAGCAUGCGGGAAGACUUGCCUUCUAAUUGUCUUCAGCAAGGAUCAGUUCCCUGAAGUCUACGUCCCCACUGUGUUUGAGAACUACGUUGCUGACAUAGAGGUGGACAGCAAACAGGUGGAGCUGGCUCUUUGGGACACAGCGGGUCAGGAGGACUAUGACAGACUGAGACCUCUCUCCUAUCCAGACACUGACGUCAUCCUCAUGUGUUUCUCCAUAGACAGCCCUGACAGCUUGGAAAACAUUCCUGAGAAGUGGACCCCAGAGGUCAAACACUUCUGUCCAAACGUUCCCAUCAUUCUGGUAGGAAACAAGAAAGAUCUGCGUAAUGACGAGCACACACGCAGAGAGCUGGCCAAGAUGAAGCAGGAGCCAGUGAAGUCAGAAGAGGGCCGAGACAUGGCCGGACGGAUUGCAGCAUUCGGCUACAUGGAAUGCUCUGCUAAGACCAAGGACGGCGUGCGGGAGGUGUUUGAGAUGGCCACCAGGGCAGCACUGCAGGCUCGUCGUGGAAAGAAGAGCAAUAAAUGUGUGCUACUGUAAAAUAGCCAUCAUAUUUGGACUGUUUUCACCCUGGGUUAUCAUACCCAGGGAUAGGGCUUGGGAGGGACAGUGGGAUUACAAGAUGGGAGAGGGAGGGAGGGGAAGACAAGAGUGCAGUAAAUGACUACCGCUGUAAUCUGGCUGUUUGUUGGACUGAAUUUACCCUGGGUCUUGGGGUUGGAAAGCUUUGAUGGAGAGGUACAGGUGGGUAGAUGAAGGGGGGAAAGAAGGGACAUAGUAAACGACUACCGCUGUAAACCAUCGGGCUCUUUACCUGUGGGUUUACCAUCUGGGUGGGAAAUUGACACCAGCGACCAGCCAAACGCUGGUACAGUUACUUUUCAACAAGCCACUUACACUGAUAAAGCUCUUUAGGAGUCCUUUGUAAAAAUCUAGCUGACUGGUAACACUGAUAAAGUUGCUCAUGAAUUACAGGGAGCUGGGACAACAAAGUUUCCUGAUUGGAUGACCUGACAGAUGAAAGGGGGAAACGGACAGCACAGUAAAUGAGUACCACUGUAAAAGGCCACCAGUGGACUUCAUGCCUGGACUUAAGGCUAAGAUUGUGUGAAGUUUGGAAGAUGAAGGGAUGGGACGUAUGAAGUUCUGAAGUGGCCGUGAUGAGACAGGAAAUCCAGGGCAUCACUUCCUAGUUUUGCACUUUUCUCUUACUUGUUAUAUGCUGUAGCUCAUUUAAAACAGCCCUCAAAAGGAGACAGAUCACCAGUUAAAUAUGUUGAGUGCUCCUCAAAAUGGUGCUUUAAACAAAUUUGAGGUGUAUUAGCUAGCAGUUCAAUCCAACAGAAGAAAAACGGUUUUAUUCACAGGAUUAAACCAGUAGUCACGUGCUGUCGGGUGGGCUCUGUUAUCAGAGUGGCAUGGAGCAUGCUCACAUGCAAUUUAGUCUGUCGUUAAUCCUCUGUUUAUAGACUCAUUAACAAACACGUUGAGCCUCUCAGAUAUUCUGUUGCAGUCAUCUGACAUUGAGUGCUUUUUUUUGUUUGUUUUGUUUUGAGCUGCUUGUUUUUAAAUGAAAUUUGAAAUGUAUCUCAUCUGUUCUUGCUUUGGAUCAUCUUAGCGGUGUUGUAGAAAACACUGUAAAGUUUAAGUUGCUUGCAGAUGAGCAGCCGUGUGGCUUUGGUGGUCAGGCUAGAUGAGAUGACCCUGCUGGAGUCUUGACUGCAGCUGGUUUCUCUACUUUAGUAUUAGCUCACAUCUGAGGGUUCUUUAACGUUUAAAUUCUUCAGACUGAAUCAGUGGAAGUGGCAGGUUAAUCGUGGUCCCCACUGGAUGACAAAGGUAGCUUCCUGCGUCGCGUAGUACCACCUGAGCAAACUGCCACGGCUCUGCUCCCAUCCCUUCCUGUUCCACAGCUGACCGCUGGUGCUCAUCCUCCUCUGGUUUUAGACCAGGACAAAGAACAAGGAGAGGGGAGUAAUGUUUACAUGCACACCACGGAUCUCCUUAUUUGGGAUGAAUGACUAUGAAUAUUGUGUGUAGACAUGUAGAAAGGUCAACUGUCCAGUAAGCAGAACAAGUUCAUUUUUGAGGAGAAAAUGGGUGAUCUCCCACGGUAUCAGUUAUUUACAUGUCUGCCUUUUACUGGUUACCCGUUGGUAACUGUCAUCUGCUUUAACAGCUAAAGAGAGAAACAACAUGGUGAUAUGACCUUUUUGUCCAGAACACAGUGAAUCGAAAAUGCCAGAAUUGUCAGGUUGGUCAGUAAAAUGGAUUUUUGUGUGGUAAUAUGCAGGUGAGUCACUAAAGCAGAGCAAGAAUUAACCACCUGCUGCUAAUAUGGGUGUGUGGGUUUUUUUUUUUUUUUAAACAUUUUUCUAAAAAAAAAAAGAAAAGAGAAAAGAAAAUAAAACAAGGAAAAGAGUAAGCAUGGCCAGUCAAAGUGAGGAUUGGUUUAGCCACUGGCCUUUCCUGACUUUUUUUGGGCAUUUACUGACAGAUUCUGGCUCUCUUCUGACAGUGUCGUGCCCUCCUGUUCUUCUUCCUGGUCUACAGGGAGGAGCCUGUUCCAGAAACCAGUCUUGUGGUGUUGUUUUUAUACUUUAUUUCCAACUUCUUUAAAAAAGAAAAGUCAUAAACAUGUUGUCUAUCAGUAUUUAAAAAUAAGAGGUGGAAGACUAGGGAAUACUUACGUGUUGCUUUAGGUUUUUUUCUUUUCUUUUUUUCUUCGCUUUACCUGAAUCUUUCUGAUGAUUUACAGUUGGUUAUAAUGACCAGUCAAUCAUCCUGCCAAAUGCUGUUGUUGGGCAGUCAGGAGAAAGGCUGGCCUCUCGGCUGCCCGUCUAGAGCAUCGCUAGGACCGUUUAGUGCUGGCUUCUUUUUUUUUUUUUCUGUUUGUUUGUUUUGAACACACUCUUGGCUGCAAAGACAAAAGGAAAGCAAACUUUAGUCUCAUGUACAAAUCAUUUUUAUUUCUAGUUUUUAUUGUAUUUUUAAGUCCUUACUUUGGAUGCUGAAGCAGUGAUGUAAACAAAGGAACAGGAAAAACCAAGCUGUAUGCAAAGUCUGUAAAUAUAAAAUGUGGGUUUGUUCAUACUAGGCUAUACACACGCACAUGACUGGAAACUAUUUGUAAACUAGCUUUGGUUUGUGUAAUAAAUUACUUUCUAUAACA